AUGUACCAGCGAAUAUUAUACAGAUCCCUACUAUCUAAGGGAACGAAGAGUAUAUUAUGCAGAACAACGAGGAAUACAGUAGGUGUGAUCCAAUUUGCUCGAAAUUUUUCACUUACAUCGAUCAGAUCAAAUAUCAGCGAAGUAUCUAACAUACCAGAAUUACAAACUACAACAACCGAAAAUAAACCUGUAGUGGUAAAGGAUAAUGAAAGUUUGUUUCAUAAACACUUUAAGAGAAAUGUCAAUAGUUAUGCGAGCUCUGUGGGAAUUGAAAUGCUUGAAGGGACGAUACCUGAACCAUAUGGAAUUCUUAAUAACCAAACUGAUGAGGAAAAGAAGAAACUUGUGGAGAAAUUUCGCAAGACCCUUGUUCAAAUUGCUAAUGAUUUAGAAAUACAAAAGAACUUCUUGAAUACAAAAAUCACCAUUAAUGAUUUUGUUAAUCCUACAUACUCAAAAUUAAUGAGAUUAGUAUAUCUCAUCGAGAAUGAAACAGUGCCAAAGAAUUUGUUAGAUAUUUUUGGUAUCAAAACCAAUAAUGAACUCAUUACAAGAAUACUUUCACAUUUGUUACAUCAAGAUUUUCUUAAGGAAAAAAUAGCUAAAGUUUCAUAUCAAUCUUCGACGAUAGAUAUUUCAGUACCUGCUGAAUGGUUUCCAGAAGCUAGAAAAAUGAAAAGAAAAAUAGUUAUGCAUGUUGGUCCAACCAAUAGUGGGAAAACAUAUAAUUCAUUAGUGAAAUUAUCAAAAAGUAAAACAGGUUAUUAUGCUGGACCAUUGAGAUUAUUGGCUAGAGAAGUUUACGAAAGAUUUAACGAUCAAGGUGUUGGUUGUAAUUUGAUCACUGGGGAAGAAAUUGUCCCAUUUAUUGAUGAACAUGGUAAAAUUAGUGGAUUGGCAUCUGGUACCAUUGAAAUGAUUCCAUUGCAUAGAAAAAUGGAUCUUUGUGUCAUUGAUGAAAUCCAAAUGAUUGCUGAUUCAAGAAGGGGUUCAGUUUGGACAAAUGCAGUAUUGGGAGUUUUAGCACAUGAAAUACAUCUUUGUGGUGAAGAAAGUGCAGUUCCAUUGAUUCAGAAAAUUGUCGAAAUCACUGGUGACGAGUUAGAAGUUAAACAUUUUAAACGAUUGGGUAAAUUAACUGUUGAGAAAACCAGUACCAGAUUGCUGCAGUUGAAGAAAGGUGACUGUUUAGUUGCCUUUUCCAAAAGAAAAAUUAUGGAUUAUAAAUGUAGAAUUGAACAAGAAAGUCGAUUAAAAGUAGGUGUUGUUUACGGUGCAUUACCACCUGAAAUCAGAUCUCAAGAAGCUGCCAAGUUCAACAGAGGAGAAUAUGAUGUGUUGGUUGCAUCUGAUGCUGUUGGUAUGGGUUUGAAUUUGAAAAUUAAUCGUGUUGUUUUCAGUGGGAUAAGUAAAUAUGACGGAAGUGUUGUAAAGAAUUUGACGGUGCUGCAGGUGAAACAAAUCGCAGGUAGAGCCGGGAGAUACAGCAAAGAUACUGGUUCUAAGGAAGGGUUUGUUACUGCUUUACAAAGAUCAAGUUUGGUUUAUAUACAAGAAUGUUUAAGAGAACCAGUGUCCUACUUGCAACAAGCAUGUAUCUGGCCAACUAAUAACAUUUGGAGAAACUACAUGGUUAAUGGACGUACUGACAAAGUACAAUUAUCAGAUGUGUUACGAUCAUAUUUCCUGACAAUGUUAACUACCAGACAUGGGUUAUACUUUGUAUCUGAAUGGGACCAAAAGGUUGAAUUAUUGGAUUUAAUCAGUCUGGAUAAACAUUUAUCGAGAAUGAGUAUUGAUGAUCAAUUGACAUUAUGUGAAACACCCAUAGGUUUGGCUAAAGCUAAAGGAUCUCAAGUAAUGUUACAAGCUGUACAUGAUUUCUUCAAAACCAUUGUUGAUCGAGAUUGUAAAUCCAUUUUUGAUUACAAGUUCUUAGAUUUGGAGUUGAUUUCCCAAAGAGCAGUAAUUAACUCUGAUCUCAAUGUUACUUUGAAAAAUGUGGAUAACCUUGAAAAUAUGCACAAGAUGUUAUUGUUGUUCAUGUGGUUGAGUCAACGUUUCCCAACAUUAUUUAUUGAUAAGGAAAGUGCUCUUGAAAUGAAAGUUCUUGUGGAGAAGAGAAUAACUGAGGAGUUGACAAACAUUGAAAGACUCAACAAAUUAGGAGGGAGAAGCUCAAAUUCUUAUCACAGACACAGAAACAAUCGUUGUUGA